GUUUUGAAGUGCCUGUCGUGUAACUUUGCGACAGAGUUGUAGUUCUAGAAGGAUCCAUGAUGCAAUGCUCUUCAUUCAGGUCAUUUGAGAUUAAUCAAGAGUCCUUCUUGAGACUUGUUUCUUAUACAUACUGGCUUCUAUUGCAAUUUAAUCUUUGUUUUUUUUAUGCUUUGUUUUAUUUCUUUUUUUUAUUAUGUGUCCAUUCAAUGUGAUGAACUAUUUUAUCAAUUCGUUUUACUUAAGGUUGAUUGAUUAAAAACAUUUGAAAGAGGUAUAAACCAUACUUUUUCAUCAGCUCAAUUAAAAUUUGAGUAGUAGUGAUGUCACACAUGAGAUAAUGCAUAAAAUGUUGUGCUCAGGAACCAAAGGAAAUACAACGGCCCUUUUAAGUGUGUGUGUGUGUGUGUGUGUGUGAGAGAGAGUCUGAAGUAAGCCAGAAUGUACAGAGGUAUGCUAUAGUCUUUAGGAUAACGAUUAUGUCGUUUUUAAGUGUGAAAUAUGAAUUUCUUACAAAUGUAUGUCCCAUUUACCAACACCUACCAAAAAUGUAGUUUUCCAUUGACCGGGUAUGAGGUGGUUUUAAGUGUAAUCGAUGCAAUUAAUAAUCAUGUAGAGUUUUCCAUAUGUGGAUUAAAUACUUAAUACUGAAUUUGACUGGUUGUGAUGCUUUCGCCUUGUAAGAUUUUAAGGGACAACGCUCUGGGAUUAGUUUUAGUUUGCACUGCUCUGAAUCCAGAUUUAUGUGAAAGCAUGGGUGAGAUCUCGUCUGCUUUGAUAUAAUUGUAUAGACUCAGACUGGGAAUGCAAUGAAACUGGUGUUGAUCUUGAUUUGAUACCAUAAACAUCCAAAACAAUAUUUUAGAUUUUUUGACAUUUGAUAUUCAUGACAAAUCUUUUUUCUUUUUUAGCAAAACAGAAUUUGCUUGUGAUAAUCAGCUGUUCUGUCUUUUAUAAAGUUUGCUGCCUUAUAAUAAUUCUGAUUCUUGGAGCUAUUUCAUGUAGUGCGUUCGAAAUGUUCACUCAAUUUGUCACAUUUUAUUGUAUCUUUAAUUGCUUUAAUCUGUUAGAUUUAUAAAAACGCGUGUCUUCGCCUACCUGUGUCAAAGAAGAACACAGAACAUAAUUAAAAAUUAAACUUGAUCAAAAACCAUUAUAUACUCAUGGUAGGCUGUCAGUUUGGUUGCUAUGGUAAGCAUUGCAGCCCUCUGAUUGGCUCAUUGGUACGGCGCAUGCGGGGAAAGAUCACGCCCACAUUGAACAUCCAAACAGGAAGUUAUGGCUCUUAAUAUCCAGUCAGUAACGCUGCAGUGAGGCAGUCGGUCAGACAGUCAGGGGGUCUAAUGUUUAUAUAUUCAGAAUCAUGGAAAUAAGGAUCUUGGAACUUUUAAUAUACACUUUUGCCUUGAAAUAGUGGCUGAUACCGGAUACUGUGUCUUUAAAGGAAGGGGUAAGGCGAUUGGAGCGGCCACCUUCCAUGGGCUGAAUCUCCUCUCACUCAAAUUCCAUUCAUAAAUAAGAUAUUGUGGAGAAAGGAAGUAAAGUCAGAUCCAGAACUGACCAUCCAGACCAGUUUACCGGAUGUCAUGAGCUCGGAGUAGCCCAACUUGUUCACCUCGCUACUCGGGAGAGGAGAAAAACGAUUCGUGGCUUGUGAUGGAGCAAAAGUGAGCUUGUGAGAGGCAGCUUGUUUUUGGGGUUCAGAGCAUUUCACCAAAAAUGUUCCUGCCCUCGUUCAGGGCUUUACGUUGUUGUGUGUGUAUGUUCGGGUUAACCAAAACCGCCCUGGUCUAAAAAACAACAUCCCAGCGUUCAUCUCUCCGAUCUGACCAGAGAUAGGACUGAGUGAGCUAUGGCAGCGAAAGACGACAUCUACACCAAAGUGACCCCGCGGAGGCAGCGGCUGACCCGCCCGGGCACUGUGAAGCAAGGGGCGUCCACCCUGGACGUCCUGCUCUCCAUGGGCUUUCCAAAGACCAGGGCGCUGAAAGCUCUGGUCUCCACUGGGAGCCGCAACGUCCAGGCAGCGUGUGAUUGGCUCUUCUCCCACGUGGACGACCCCUUCCUGGACGACCCGCUGCCCAGGGAGUAUGUGUUGUACCUGCGGCCCACCGGGCCUCUGCUGCACCAGCUCACCCAGUACUGGCAGCAGUCUCGCCUCACCUGCGGCAAGAACAAGGCUCACAACAUCUUCCCCCACAUCACCCUCUGCCAGUUCUUCAUGUGUGCGGACGGGAAGGUGGAGGCGCUCACGGAGGCGCUGCAGGCCACCAUGGCCUCCUGGCGGGGCCGCUUCCCCGCGACCCUCAACCUAAAGCUCUACACCUCCUCCAACUUCAUCGGCCUGUUCGUGGACGAGCAUGUGGCCGAGGUGCUGAAGAGCUUUGCUUCCGAGUUUGCCACGGAGGCCGCCUCCAAAGCAGACGUCCACAUCGAACCGCACAAGAAGCAGCUCCACGUCACCCUGGCCUACCAGUUCCAGGCCAAUCACCUGCCUGUUCUGGAGAAGCUGGCCAAGAGCAUGGACGUGUCCGUGGGCUGUGACUGGCUGGCUGUCAUGUUCUCGCGGGACAUCCGAUUCGCCAACCACGAGACGCUGCAGGUCAUGUACCCGUACACGCCCCAGAACGACGACGAGCUGGAGCUGGUGCCGGGUGACUUUGUGUUCAUGUCCGCCGUGGAGCAGGCCAGCGCCAGCGAGGGCUGGGUCUACGGGAGCUCCCAGGGCACGGGGCUGUCGGGCCUGCUGCCCGAGAACUACGUCACCCGGGCCGACGAGUGUGAGACCUGGGUGGUCCACGGGUCUCAUUCGUUCCUCAACGGAGCCCCCCCACCAGACCCAGGCGGUCGGGCUGACAGCCUGCUGUUAGACGGACAACUGCUCGACAGCCUGGGAGACCUGGCCGGCCUCAGCGUCCUCACUACACCCAUGCAGCUGCUGAGGGCCGGCAGCGAGCAGUCCAGUCUGCCCAAGAGGAGCCUGUUUGUGUGUCGCCAUGGCGAGCGGAUGGACGUGGUGUUCGGCAAACACUGGAUCACUCAGUGCUUCGACACCAAAGGUCGAUACGUUCGCUGUAAUCUCAACAUGCCGCCCAGCCUGCCAAUCAGAAGCGGUGGACACCGAGACUACGAUAAAGAUUGUCCAAUCACUGUGUUCGGUGGGACACAGGCCCGCCUCGUAGGCGAGGCCCUUUUGGAGAGCCACACGACAGUGAACUUUAUCUACUGCUCUCCCUCACUGCGCUGCGUCCAGACGGCCCAGAACAUUCUCCAAGGUCUACAACUGGAUGGAAAAACGAGGAUCCGUGUAGAGCCAGGCUUGUUCGAAUGGACCAAGUGGGUGUCUGGCACAACCCUCCCCGUCUGGAUCCCCCCCGUGGAGCUGGCCGCCGCCAACCUGAAUGUGGACACAACAUACAGACCUCAUAUCCCCAUCAGUAAGCUGGUGGUGUCGGAGUCCUACGACACCUACAUCAGCAGGAGCUUCCAGGUGACCCGGGAGAUCCUGUCCGAGUGCAACAACCUGGGAGAUACGGUGCUGAUCGUGGCUCACGCCUCGUCCCUGGAGGCCUGCACUCGCCAGAUGCAAGGUCUGAGUCCCCAGAACGCCAAGGACUUUGUCCAGGUCGUCCGAAAGAUUCCCUACCUGGGCUUCUGUGCCUGCGAGGAGCUGGGGGAGACGGGGGUUUGGCAACUGGUUGACCCACCCAUCUUGCCGCUGACACACGGACCCAACCACAGCUUCAACUGGAGGGAAAUGCUUCUGCAGGACUGAGAGGAAGAGGGCGACAGAGAGGUGCUGUGUGGACGCCUGUUGUCCGGGCUGCUCGUCUGAAAUGAAUAUUUAUUAUUAGCCCUCAAACGCUUUAUCCGCUCACCCAUCCAGCCACCCGUUUCGCUCAACUUAAUGAACUGCUCGUGAAUGAGAAGAAGGUACUGUAUUUAUGAGGAAACGGCAAGAACAAAUUGGACUACGUUACAGUUCCUUUUGGCCAUUCAAGCACUGAGCAAAAAGAGAGAGAGAAAAGUGAGUGGGAGCUUCUAGGAAAUAAGGCGAACGAGCGUUAUUACUGGUGGCUCGCCAACGGUUUGAUGGACAGUCCGAUUCGCUUUCCGCGGGGGUUCUCGUUGAACACUUGUGUGUGUGUGCAGGCUCGCAUUGAGCGUUAAGAACGUUCCCGAACAAGAGCUCCUGGUGACAACUGCCUCUUUUUUUUAUAAACACUGUGACAAGCAAAACAAAGCAGAGUCAAGAAGAAGACAGAAUAUAUUUAAUUGAAAUAGUAAGAGGUAUGUUCAGUGUCCUUAGAUUUUAAGCAAAGCAACUGUUCCUGUUGGAAUGAAGCACAGUGGAAACGCGGUCUAUCUGACAAUCAGACGGCAGCAGAACUGGCAUCGGUGUUUGGGUCAUAACACAUCGGGACUCUUCCUGCGAGUCCUACUCCAUGAAGGGUUUUAGUGUUCGUAUUUACACAGAUUUACCAAAACGUAACAGCUUUUUGUAGCCUUUUUCCGCUAAGGCCCUCGUACACAAGCAAUAUUUCCAUAUUGUAUACAGUGGAUGCUAAAUGUAGGCAGUGGAGCUACGACUUUGUUCUACAGCUUUAGUUGGUGCUUUCGUUGACUAAAUGGCUUACCUUCGUCGACGUCGUGUCUCUUCUGCAUCACAACCUCAGUGCGGUUUCCCUCCCUGUGCUUUGUCCUGGUCAGUUUGAAGCGUUCUCCCUUAAUGUUUGGUGCAUUUUAUUUCUAUGAACAGAGCGGAUGAUGACAGUAAGUGUUGCGCUUCCUGUUGUGUGUUAUGUUGUAUGCCACAGAAUAAUCCUAUUUAUAUGAUUUGGUUAGAGCCGUCAUGAAGGAUAAGUAUGUAGUGACUGGAUGGACGAGAUCGAAGAUGUGACUGAUUGAACAUGUGUCUUCGGCAUUUCUACCUGUGCCAUCGGCUCCUUGGCAAGAUUACAGAAUCAUUCGUUUUAAUUUGUCUUUGAAGAAAUCCCUAUAUCUGGAAAAGAUUUGUUUUUAAGUAAUGUUGGUUUUGUAUGAAAACAAAACAAUUAUUAUUUUUUUGUUUGCUGUCCUUUACAUCCGAGUUUGACAUUCAACCCUGUGUGAGUUUGUCUGUUUCCCUUCCUCAGUCGGUCAGUCAUGUUGACCGGAAACUCUUUAAGUCACCAGGACGACGGAAAAUGACACCCAUCAUGGGAACACCGCUCCCAGUGGGGAUGAGGUACCAUGGCCUCCACCUAUAGCAAUAAUUGUUGAAUAGAGGUUGUAUUUAUUCAUUGUUAUUGGAGGUAUUUUGGAACUGCAUGUAGCUAGAUAGGGCUAGCUAUGAACAAGAGCAUCACCAAAAUACCUACUGUGAGGAAGGGUCUCUCCAUGCUAUUGAUAUUAAGUUCAGUGGUGCAGAAAGAAAGUAUAUCUAUAUUUUCAGAAACUACAGCCUUAAAACAAAAUGGUACAGGAAAAAUGAUCAAAUUAAAAGAAGCCCUUACUGUCCAGUCAAACUCUUCAAUGAGUAGGCUGUCCCUUAGUUUGGUUUUAUUUGUAUUUCUCCAUAAAGAUGGGGAUUGUUAAGUAUUAAUCUUCUGAACAUUCCUACACACGUUCUGCCCGUAGAGGCUUAAAGUCAGAACAUUGCUGUGUAGAUUUACUUAAAAUUCUGAUUUAUCGCUUGCUGAUUUGGCUUUUAACAUAGGUUCUAGCUAUGAAUGUAUAGCUCAUAAAAUAUUUUUAAUUUUUACUGGUUGUGUAAAAUGACACAUCGUUUUUUGGUGUUACUAUCAUUGUUACAGCUGAGCAUAUAGUGUACCUACUCUCAAAAAGAGCAACAAUAUCAAUUUCAUAAAAUACAUGAACAUUUGUGCUUCUGACAUGCCUGCAAUGUGAUAGUAUACAAAGUGUUGAACAAAAAUGAAAGAUAUACACGAUGAAAAGUGUGCUUCCCUUGCACCUACUCUCGAACAGAGCAUGCACUUUUUUCUCUUUUUAAGUAAAUUUGCUUGGUUAUUUUAGAUGCCGACAAAAUAAAUAAAAUAAAAAUACAUGUUUGUGACAUUAAUGUGUGGUCAAAAAUCUGUUCUUGUGAUUUGUGAUGAGGCAAUAAGCUGAAUGGUAUGUAAUAGUUUCUAUCUAAUUUGUUUGAUUGACCAUAAAAAGUCUGCAACUCUCAAUGCUUUAGAUAUUUUAUAAUAUGAAUAGACAACAAUAGAUACGGGCUGCUAUGUCGACUGUGAACCAUAACUGCCGGCCAACACUUGUAUAGGCCACUAGGUGGCCCCACAACGCCGCAAUUAUAUUUGAUCCAAGUUUUUUGACGUUCAUUUGGAAUCCCAUGUUUAUCUUUUUAUUAACGAAGACGUAACACUCGACCGACGAUUUUCAGUAAGGACCCAUACAGCGUUUUCUGUCCCGGGAAGGUCCAAACUGACGUGAGCUAUGAUUUAUAAUUGUACUAUCCAUGGUAAGGAGUUGAGCGAUAUGUCUUCUUUAAAAGUCUUCUUUUAAAAUAUGGAUGUUGGGAGUUUGCACUAGCCUUGCCUAUGAAAAUUGUAGGAUGACUAAUAAUUUAUAAUUUUCAAUGUUGUGAUAAACAUGGCAAAUGAAAGAUUGACGGGGCUAUUUUGCUACUUUAGGACAUUUUUGUCAGCUUGCCAAAAUGUUGCUUUGUUGAUUAUUAAUAUGCGACUUCGAGGCCUAAAGUGUGUCACCGGUAUCACCUAAACCUACACCCGAUGGAGUGUAACGGCGCUGGGCUUGGGCCCGAUAGGAGGAGGAGCGGCUAUCUGUCAAUAUCAUGUGAGAUCAAACUUCGUGCACGAGAGGUGAUGAUGAAGAUGUGUUGAUCAGAAUCGAGAUGUAAGAUCACGUGUGCAGCGUUGUGCAUACUGUACUUUCUGACUUGAUAGGAAACAGGUGAAGAAUUGUUUGAAUUGGUGACAUAUAACUACGACUUGAUUCAUUUAUGUGAGGACUUUUUUUUAUUGUGCCAGUUUUGGGUAGAAUUCAACCGAAUUUGAACU